AAAAGAAAUUGAUGCCUGAAUCCCUGUACGCAGCCUUAUAGCAGGAAAAAAAAUAGUUAUAGAAGCAGCGGUAGGGUAGUGAUCAGGUGGUUGUUGGACACUUGGACUGGAUUAAAACGAUCGCGUUUCAACCGCCGAGAGCCCGAGAGUACUGAAAGCUACCGCUGUCCGCUGGGAUUCCCAAGCAGGAAGGGCGCUCCGUCGGGAUCCCUAUAAAAGGACCGAGAGGUGGCCGGGCUUAGUGCUAUAGAGCUGAGCCACAGGCCACGGACACCCAAGGAAGGAGGAGAGAGGAACCUGCCUUUCAGAUAAGAUGGCGUUGCUCCUUCGGCUUCUUGCCCUCUCGCUGCUCCUCGCUGUGGCCACUCCAAUCAGGGAUGUCACCGAUGCUUGCUCGUCUCAAGUAAAGGAUUUCCCGCACCUCAACAGCUCCGGGAUCCACCUGACGCUGCACCACCCGCGGAGCCCCUGCUCGCCGGCGCCGCUCCCCGCCGACCUCCCCUUCUCCGCGGUGCUCACCCACGACGACGCGCGCAUCGCCUCCCUCGCCGCGCGCCUCGCCAAGACGCCGUCCUCGCGGCCCACCGCGCUCGACGAGUCGUCGUCUCCCGACGAGUCCCUCGCGUCCGUGCCGCUGGGCCCGGGCACCUCGGUGGGCGUGGGCAACUACGUCACCCGCAUGGGCCUCGGCACGCCGGCCAAGUCCUACGUCAUGGUCGUGGACACGGGGUCCUCCCUCACCUGGCUCCAGUGCUCCCCCUGCGUGGUGUCGUGCCACCGCCAGUCGGGCCCCGUGUUCAACCCCAAGGCGUCCAGCUCCUACGCCUCCGUCUCCUGCUCCGAGCCCCAGUGCAGCGACCUCACCUCCGCCACGCUCAACCCCGCCGCCUGCUCCACCUCCAACGUCUGCGUCUACCAGGCCAGCUACGGGGACAGCUCCUUCUCCAUGGGGUACCUGAGCAAGGACACCGUGUCGCUGGGCUCCAGCAGCAUGCCCAACUUCUACUAUGGGUGCGGGCAGGACAACGAGGGGCUCUUCGGCCGCUCGGCGGGGCUCAUCGGCCUGGCGCGCAACAAGCUGUCGCUGCUGUACCAGCUCGCACCCACCCUGGGCUACUCCUUCUCCUACUGCCUGCCGACGUCGUCGUCGUCGUCCGGGUACCUGUCCAUCGGCUCCUACAACCCGGGGCAGUACUCGUACACGCCCAUGGCGUCGAACUCGCUGGACGACUCGCUCUACUUCAUCAAGCUGACGGGGAUCACCGUCGCGGGGAAGCCGCUCUCCGUGUCGUCGUCGGCCUACUCCAGCCUGCCGACCAUCAUCGACUCCGGCACGGUGAUCACGCGCCUGCCCACGGGGGUGUACUCGGCGCUCAGCAAGGCCGUGGCGGCGGCCAUGAAGGGGACCCCCCGCGCGUCGGCCUUCUCCAUCCUCGACACGUGCUUCCAGGGCCAGGCGUCGCGGCUGCGCGCGCCGGCGGUCAGCAUGGCCUUCGCCGGCGGCGCGGCCCUGAAGCUGGCGGCGCCGAACCUGCUCGUGGACGUGGACAGCGCCACGACGUGCCUGGCGUUCGCGCCCGCACGGAGCGCCGCCAUCAUCGGGAACACGCAGCAGCAGACCUUCAGCGUCGUCUAUGACGUCAAGAGCAAAAGGAUCGGGUUCGCCGCCGGCGGCUGCAGCUGAGAAGGAAGCUACGCACACGGACGGGCUCGCACUGGUAACUAAAUUAAUUAAAUGAGCAGCGCAUCUACCGCUUGCUUUCGUCUGAACUCAUCAUUUCGACCACGCAAGCUCAGCUCCUUACAGUGCAUGCAUGUGGUGUGGAUAAAAUACACGCAUGAGAAAGGUGAGGUACAGGAAAGCUGAUUAAAGGAAGUACGCGUUGCUCAAGCACCUAGCUUGGUGUACAUUACAUGUUUAUUAAUUACCUCUUCGUUACAUAAAAGAAACGCAUAAAACAGUAUUACAGGAGCACUAGGAUAUUUAUGAUGUUGUUCAGGCCAGGUAUGUGAGAAGUGAAAAGCACAAUAGCCAACAGAUAGCAUGUAGCAUGUGAUUCUUUGGCAAAAAAAAAAAACCUUUGUGUAGGUAAAUUAAAGGACUAUGUAUAUUUCUGAUUUCCUUCUUACAACUUCCAAGGAUCAUUCCUCCCUUGUACACAGUGGGAGUAUAUUGUAACCGGGAGGUAUAUGAUAUGUAUGCUGUAUGCAUUUUACUUAUGUGAUAUAUUGACAAAAUGAAAAAUAUCUUGUUCCUGACUUUA